UCAAAAUAUCUACUUACGCGUUUUAGUCGCUUUUAAUUACAAGAUUGUAAUAAUUUGUGGUGUCCAUUGAUCGUUUGUGUUUUUUCAUAUUCUUGUGAAAGUGCAGUAAACACUAUCGGAAUAAUAGAGACUGGACACGACAAAAGUAUCUUACUGAAACAGUUUGUGAUAAAAUAUUACAAGAGUACAAUAUUGAUGUUGUCAAUCGUAAAGAAAACUCAUCGACCUCUUCUAUGUAAAUUUGCUUAAUGGAGCCGCAUAAUUACGACACGAUGAUAACCGAAGGCGGUGGCGUGAGGGUGUUGGGGCCAUGAGCGCUGGCGCGGCUCGGCCUGCCGCCGGCGACUCCACGCCCGGCUCCGACGGCGACCGUAUCACCAGCCUGUUCCCCAAGUGCAGGCCGCGCGCCAUGCAUCACCACCACGACAGAUUGAAUACUGCCAUAGAGGGCAGGGAAAUGAACAAUAUGAACAACAUGUCCUCAGACGAGGAGCGGGAGAACGACGCUCAGGUUAUACCCAAUUCUAAAGGACCCUAUAAGCUAAGAGAUUCUAGAAUAAUAGAAAUCGCCGGUGGAAGGGAGCUGUACUCGCAAAGUAGAACAAAAGCUGUGCGGAAGUUACGUCACAACAACACGCACAAGCACAACCUGCGGAACAAAAUACGAUCAAUUAGCAAAGAUGCGGUCGACUACGGCGCGGAUAAUCUCACAAACGAGAUAUCUUUGCAUAGGAUAAACAGUGAGCCCAAGAAGAUGAUUUCGAGGCAUACAUCGCCGACGUACACAAAUGGCGAUAGGGAUAUUUUAGAACAAACUAUGGGUAUACCCAAAAACAGCUCACCGAUCCUGGAUCCCCACAAGAUUGCCGAUGUCAGCGCUAAGAGCAGCCCCAUCGCGGUGGUGGCCGAUGGACAGGUUGUGGUUUUUGACGACAAUGACGAUUGGAAAGUUAUAUUGAAUUCUGUGUCUCUAGGUUUGAGGACGGACCCGGACGUUAGUGAUGACGAAAUCGAUGUGAGUGUUAAGAGGACUUUAGACAAUUUGAAAAAUGGUGAUAGUGAGGUGAAUAAGAGUGACAGUGAAAGUGAGUCGAGCUCGCGGGGCGUGAGACUGAGCGAGGGGAGCCCCACGGCGGUCUGGCUGUCCGACGACGAUAAGACCAGGGUCACCAGGGUCAUCGGCGAGCUGCCCAUAGCCGAGUACGAGGGCUCGCCGCGCCGAUACGGCAUAGGGCAGUCGACGCAGAAGACUCAACUUCGAUCGCCCAGACCAGGGUUUCCUCAGCGAAUAAUAACCGAGAGCCGAGACGAGACUCCGCCGCCGUCUUCGGCCUUUGACUACCUGUACGAGUUUUCGGAGACGAGGAAAGUCCUCGAAGAGUUCUUCAAGUGCCCACAACAGCAGAACUCCAACGAUGAAAUUGUCAACUUUCAAGACUUGGACUACGAGCUCCGUCGCCAGACGCACGAAUGUCCGUCGGAGAACGGGAUGGAGGAGAGCGAGGGGGACUGGGCUCCGGCCGACGCGCUCCAUUCGCCUCACACGGUGCACAACCACACCAACUUCCUCGGCCUGCAGCAACAACGCGGUCGCUACGGCGCGCCCGACGUGUCCGCGCUUCGGGCGGGUCCGGGCGAGACGGAGACGGCCGACAGUGUGUGCCCUUCCCCCGCGUUGCCCGCGCACGCUCUGGCUCUCUCGUCCGCGAGCGACACGCCCAGCGACCUCUCGCUCGCACUUAUGGAGAACGAGCUCUCUGAGAUGAAAGUACAAAUGGAGUUGAACCGAGUGGUGGGGGCCCACAUGCCCAUGGUGGAAGACGGUCUCUCCUCAGGACACGUCUCCGACACUGACAAUAACAAUCAGAUUAUGUCGUUGCCGACCCAUUCGCCAAUGAAAAUAGAAGAAAUAGUCGACAGUGGAAAUAAUACGGAUCCUCAUCUCCUCUCCGACGCGGAUCUUCACUCUCUCGACCCGUUAGCCGUGCCUCCCCCCGCGCCGGCCCCUCACCGGCCUCUGGACCGUUCGCCGCAUCACCACCACGGUCACCACGACGACGUCUAUCCCAGAAAGCGACCGACGUCGGCGCAGAGCAAUGAUUCGGUGGAGAUUAAACCUGUCAGUGGAGACGAAGAUGAAGCGGACACGGAUCUCGAAACGGACAGGCUGCUGGGUCAGCAGAGGACGGAUGACCAGGGUUUUUUUGACGACAAAGGUUGGCGCAAACCUAAGUCCAGAACCGUGAUGCCCAUCGUCGGCUCCGCGGCAUCGAACAGAGAAACUCAUGCGCACGACAUCACUGAUCACAGGGACGACGAGGCACUUCAUAAUGGAAAGGAUAAAGACGCGAAGAAGAAAAGCAAAAACAAAGAAGAUAUCGCUUCAGUGCUGAUAGAAGGCGUGCUGUUCCGAGCGAGGUACCUCGGCUCCACUCAAUUGGCCUGCGAAGGUCAACCCACCAAAGCCACCAGGAUGCUUCAGGCCGAGGAGGCCGUUUCGAGGAUUAAGUGGGGGUGCGAUGGGCCCUACGGCGGGGUGUACGCGGCCCCCGCGGCCGUCUUCAGGCUCGCCUUCCUCGGGUCGGUCGAGGUGGACGAGGACUCGCGCCGCAGGAAGAGACGCCCCAAGAAGAACAUGGUCGAGGAGGCCGUCACCAAGAUCAAGGCUUUGGCACCGGAGGGUGAAAACCAACCCAGCACCGAAGUCGACCUGUUCAUAUCGACGGAGAAAAUAAUGGUCCUAAACACGGAACUGAAGGAAAUCAUGAUGGACCACGCGUUGAGGACCAUCUCAUACAUCGCCGACAUCGGAGACCUCGUGGUGUUGAUGGCGAGGAGGCGGUUCGUGCCUCACGAGAGUGAGUCGGAUCAACCGAAGUUGAACCGUACGCCCAAGAUGAUAUGUCACGUCUUUGAAAGCGAAGAGGCGCAAUUCAUCGCUCAGUCGAUCGGGCAGGCGUUCCAAGUGGCCUACAUGGAGUUCCUGAAGGCGAACGGCAUCGAAGAUCAUAGUUUCGUCAAAGAAAUGGAUUAUCAAGAGGUGUUAAACAGUCAAGAGAUAUUUGGUGAUGAGUUGCAAAUGUUCGCCAAAAAGGAGUUACAGAAGGAAGUGGUGGUGCCGAAGAGCAAGGGCGAGAUCCUGGGCGUGGUGGUGGUGGAGUCGGGCUGGGGCUCCAUGCUGCCCACCGUCGUCAUCGCCAACCUGGCGCCGGCCGGGGCGGCGGCCCGCUGCUCGCAGCUCAACAUCGGCGAUCAAAUAAUCGCGAUCAACGGCGUGAGUCUCGUCGGUCUGCCGCUGUCGACCUGUCAGACGUACAUAAAGAACUCGAAAAACCAGACCGUGGUGAAAUUGACUGUGGUCCCUUGUGCACCCGUCGUCGAAGUCAAGAUUAAGAGACCCGAUACCAAAUACCAGUUGGGAUUCAGCGUGCAGAACGGUGUGAUCUGCAGCCUCCUCCGAGGCGGAAUCGCCGAACGAGGCGGCGUGAGGGUGGGGCACCGCAUCAUCGAGAUCAACUCGCAGAGCGUGGUGGCCGUGCCUCACGAACGGAUCGUCAAUCUACUGGCGACAUCUGUCGGCGAGAUUUUAAUGAAAACGAUGCCGACGUCCAUGUUCCGUCUGUUGACGGGACAAGAGAAUCCCGUGUUUAUCUGAACUCGCCUCGACACUCGUGCCUCACUGCCGCUUGCCCACACUCGCUCCCUUUUACGCGCCAUUCCCACCUCGUAAGGUUCAAUUUACUCUGUACUUGCCAUGUGUCACCUUCAUCGCUAAACUUUAUUAAUAACCUCUAAGUGUUUGACAGUUGACAGUUGGCAGGAAUAAUUAAGUCGUCGUCAAAUAGUGGUGGAGUAAUAGCGUCGACGAAGGCGUAUCUCGAAUGAAAGCCAAAACACCGGACUCAUUUCUAACUUCUAGUCUCACAAUACAUCAUUGUUAUCAGAGGUGUAAGAUUUGAGACCUACGUUUGGCUUUAUAUAAUACUCAAAACCCACAAAAGCUACACUAUGUGAUGUCUCACUUCGGAAUCGCUUAUAUGCUUAGGUGAUAAAAUAAGUAUAUAGCGUAAGAUGUAAAUGCAUAGUGGUAAUUGUCGCCAUUUUAUCAAAAUUAAAUUUUAAAUUUUGUUAAACUUUUCACUAUUACGUUUGUCAUUGCUCAUAUAUCAAUUCUCAGACAAAAUGCUUUUUUUUGUUUUCAUUGUAAAGUAUAGACUUUUGUACUUUGGCAGCAGUUACUACUGUUUGCCCCUAACAUAACAAAAUGUAUACAUAAAUUAUCACAUAUUCCAUUUUCUUAUUUAUUACAAGUACACUGUCACUAUUUAAUUGUGAAGAACUCAUAUCUGCUUAGAUGUUAUCGAUAUAAUAAAUGUCAUGGUUUUAUUAUUACAUCAUUUAUUAAUUUUAUGAGGUCCAGGGGUGUGCGUAAUCUACUAUCUCACUCAGUACCAUUUACAUUUUAAGUUUCAUAUGAACUUGAGAGGUUUAUUAACAUUCCAAAAAUAAUAAGAAUGGUGUCUCUGGACCAACAUUUCCUUUCUUAUAUUUGCCAUAAAAAGAUUUAUUUGUUAUUUGAUAUAUGUAUUAACAUUCCACUUUGAUGUUAUAAAUCCCUGAAUCAUCACUGCACCAUAGUCCAAACAAGUUUAUUUUAUUUAUAUAUAGCUACUGUAGAAGUGUAUUGGUGUAUUUUGAUACUUGUAGCUCAAAAGUUAAGUAUCAGAUCAUCUGUCUGUGACGAAGUAUAACGAGACAGUGAAUCUCAAGUGAUCAUUGAUAACUAAAGAAUUGAUUAGUGGAUAAUAUUAUAAUAAAACUUAUUUCGUGUAGUGUUUCAAAAGAUAUGUCAUAUUUUGUAAAUUUUAUAGUGUGGCUAUAGCAGUACUAUAAUCUAUGUGUCUCAUAGUCAUAGCUUAGCGCCAAUGUUUAUUUAUGUAAAGUAUAAAAAUGAUAUUUUAAAACAUUGUAUGGUGUAAUUCUUGAAGUAAUCCUUGCUUUAGUAAGUAAUCCACUUGUUCAAGAGCUGACAAAUUCUUAGAUUUUGUAUUUAUAAUAAUAUUAUUACAUGUUACAUAAUUAUUUAGAUCAUCCUAUUUUUUAACAAGUAUAUUAUCUAUGAUUUUGAUAUCUAGCUGUCCUUGUUUGUUGUAGUGGUUUGGAUGGUAUGGUUUGAAAGUGUCUUUAGUCAACAUUUAACACCAAAAUUAAAUCCCCGCUAAGUAUAAAAUUAUAGAUUUAAUACAGUAUGAUGUACUUUUGUAUUGCUAGCUGUGAAUAAGAUUUAUUUACAUUGAAAUAACAGAUGAUAAAGCGUUUUAUUGUAAAAGCUGGUAUAUUAUAGGUACACUGUAACAUGUGAAAAACUAUUGUUGUUCUCAUUUCUAAGAGUAUUAUUCUAGUCUGCAUUAAAGUUAAGAAAUUG